GAGAGCUCCAAUGGCUCGGGCAGUAGCGACAUCAAACCACAGAACCACCAGUUGGAAAAGAAAAGGUUAAACAGAGCACCAUCACCGGCCAGACCGUUCAUGAAGGAUGUUCAUUCCCGGUCGCCGAAAACACCGGCCAUUGUACCAAAAUCACCUAAACUUAAUAAGCAGCAACCAUCCUCAGUGCCCUUAGUCGCUCAAAGUCGCGUCUCCAGGCGCACUUUAACCGGAACAAAGGAAAAAACAGCCCCGGUAAGGAGUAACACCAAACCCUCAGUGAUAAAAAAGACCGUUAAGGUCACGCAACAUGCAGCAACAGAGCAGAAAAUCGCCAGCAAAGUGGUCGACACAAGUCCACACCUAGCCAAAAGCAAAAAGGGACGAUUAGUUCCUCUUUCUCAAGGACCACUCGGCCAUGGCUCUCCAAUUCGUGUCCCAACCGGUGCUACACUCGGAAGGGUCAGUCAGACGGACAGUAGUUCAGAUUUGUCUGACUGUCCCUCUGAACCGCUGUCCGACGAACAAAGAGUCGUUCAGGCUGCUAGUAGCGAUGCAGAGUCGGGCACAGGAUCCGGCUCCAGCGACCGGGAUCAGGUGGCAGCGGAUAAUCCACUGCAGACACCCUCCUCUGAGGCAAGCGGAGGUGCUGUUACUCGGCAGCGCACCGUGGAAGCUAGCCCGCCGGCUCUAAGCUCAAAGGAAGGGAUGUCUCAAGCAACACAGCAGUACACAGGUGCACACAUAGAGAAAUGCAAACUGGACAAACCCUUUACAAGCGCACAAUCUAAACUUGAAAGCAGAAGGGAAUUUAGUGAAGAGGAUUUAUUACGUGAAAUUGAAGACCUACGCUCAGAAAAUGACUACCUCAAGGAUGAAGUGGAUGAGCUUCGAGCAGAGAUGGAGGAGGUACGAGACAGCUACCUGGAAGAGGAGGUCUACCAGCUGCAGGAGCUGCGGCGGGAACUGGACCGCUCCAAUAAGAACUGUCGAAUUCUGCAAUACCGACUGCGCAAGGCUGAGCAGAGAAGCCUGCGUGUAGCGCAAACUGGCCAUGUGGAUGGAGAGCUUCUACGCAAUCUGGAACAGGACCUCAAGGUGGCCAAAGAUGUGUCAGUGCGUCUGCACAAUGAACUGGAGAGAAUGGAGGACAAGCGUACCAGAGCGGAGGACGAGAAUGAACUCCUCAGACAAAAGAUCAUUGAGGUGGAGAUUUCCAAACAGGCCCUGCAAAAUGAACUGGAGAGAGUCAAAGAGACUGCACUGAGGAGACGGGGAAGUAGGGAAACCUUCAAGGACAAAAAGUCUCUAACUCAGGAGGACAGCGCGGACCUGCGAUGUCAGCUGCAGUUUGCUAAAGAGGAGUCGGCUCUGAUGAGAAAGAAGAUGGCAAAGCUGGGCCGGGAGAAAGAUGAGCUGGAGCAGGAACUACAGAAGUAUAAAUCUGUGUACGGAGACGUGGACAGUCCAUUACCCAUGGUAGAAGUGACAGGAGGAGGUCCACACAGCACACGCGAAGCGGAGCUUCGUCUACGGCUCAAACUGGUGGAGGAGGAGGCCAACAUCCUGGGACGCAAGAUCGUGGAGCUGGAGGUGGAGAACCGCGGCCUGAGGGCGGAAAACGAGGACCUGCGCUGCCAGUACGAACGCGACUGCUUAGGCCGCGAGCCGUUCUCCAGCGUUCCCACCUCGCCUUACGGUGGAGACGCGCUGGAGUCGGCUGGGGAGCUGCGACGCCACCUCCAGUUUGUGGAGGAAGAGGCUGAGCUCCUUCGCCGUUCCAUUUCGGAGAUUGAGGACCAUAACAAGCAGCUGACCACCGAGCUUAACCGGUUCAAGUUCGGGCCCAGCCAUGCGGAUGGGGAGAGCGCAGAGGGUGGGAGUGGUGGAAUCUCAAAACCUGGGAAUGGCAGUGGUAAUGGAGGUAAUGGGAGCAUGGUGAGUAGCGGUUUGGGCCCAGGUGGGGUCCUGCAGGAGGAGCUGAAGGCGGCUAGGAUGCAGAUUAACGAGCUGUCCGGGAAGGUGAUGAAGCUGCAAUACGAGAACCGCGUCCUCAUUUCCAACAUGCAGCGCUGCGAUCUGGCCGCCCACCUUGGCCUCCGCACGGGCAGUCCGCGUGACAGCGAUGUGGAGAGCGACACGGGGAGAAGGGAAGGAGAAGAGGAGGAAGCCGGCCGCAUGUCGCUCAUUCACCGGAAACGCGAGGGGCCUGUGGGUGGAGAGAGUGACUCCGAAGACCUCUUCGAGAGAACGGCCACCUCCGGAUUUGGCAGCAGUGGAAAGCCAUCGGAAGUGGGCGAGAUAGGAGUGACAGAGCUGUCCCAGCGCAGGAAGGAAGAGCGCGAGACACUCGGCAACGUCAAACGGGAAGCAGAACGUUUGGGGAAGACGGUUGACCGUCUCAUUAUGGACACUGACAGCCUGAUCUAUGAAGGACGGCUGGUAGUUACCGGAGGAGAGGCUCUUGAGGACACCACUGAGGGAACAUUUCGGGGUGAUGGUGACUCAGCUGAACCCAAGCCCGAAUCCCAGGUGCUGGACACCAUCAACUCUCGAAUGAAGGCCUUUCGCACAGAGCUGCACAUUUUCAUGGAAAAAGUGGACCAUCUGGGCGAGGGUUUCCGUGAACGUGUGGACGACCUCUCACCCAUGCCCAACCUCACUGAAUCUAGCAGCUUCCUGUCCACGGUAACCUCCAUGUCCCGAGACUCACCUAUUGGAACCCUGGGAAGGGACCUAGUCACGGAUUUCCAGUCCUGGCGGAGGGAUGAGCCGGAGUGGUGCCUAGGCCAGCAGCGUGGCACGGAGGCCCAGAGCCAGGCGGCCACUCAGGGCCCUGCAGCACACAGUCGAACCGCUGGACACAGUAGAUACUCCAGGCCCCAGAGUCUCAGAGCCGAGUUUCGUGACCAGUCCGUGCCAGAGGUCAGUACCCCUGCUAGGGAAAUCCAGUUCCGACUGGACCACGAGAGGAGGCUCAGAUCCAGUCAGGAGGAGCGAGAGAGUUUACCUGGAUCUGUGGUUCAGGAGGAGGAGUACAGGCGACUGGAGGCGCGGCGUGGUCUGGAGCUGCAGGGCCUGCGUCCUCACGAGCCGUCAUGGCCCCAGGAGAGAGCUGUUUUUCAGCAGGAGCUGCAGCUCUUCCGUCACAACACGAUCAUCAUCUACAUGAAGCUCCGUUGGAUCCUCAUGCACUGGAGACUGGGCCACAGCACGGAGGGCGGGGAGGAGGCAGCUCCUGCUGAGUAUGAGCGGUUGGAGAACAUUCCAGAGAUUGGCAUGGUUAUGGAGCAGGGAGAGGAUGUGUUGAAAAGGGAGGAUAAACCCUGCCCCCAGAUCACAGGAGGAGAUAUCCCCGACCCCGGUUCCCUCUUGCCAUCUCCUGAAAGAUUACAGUACCAAAAACAGGUAAGCGAUAGCCGGCGGAUGCUGCAUGCCUUGCGGACUCUGCUGGAGGAGUUUCGGGUAGAGUUGAGGGAGGAGGAGCAGCGGCGUUGGCAGCUACAGCAGACCUACGCCAAUGAGAGAGCCACGUGGGAGAUCCAGUGUGCUGAACUGAAGAGCCUGGUAGCACAGCUGGAGGAGACCAGAGAGGAGGCUCAGGGAGCAGAGGGAAGCAUAGAAGCGUUUAACCAGGAGCGUGAGGAGCAGCGCAGGCUGCUUGCGGAGAGUCACAGCACAGCAUUGGAGCUGCGCUGGAAGCUCCAGCACAGUGAAAAACGCUGGAGCCGGGAAAGGACUGAACUGCUGGAACGCUUCGAACAUGAGCAUCAGGAAUGGGACUGGAGAAUGAGAGAGAUGCACCGCAAGAUGGAGAAGAUGCAGAGGGAGCUGAUGUACCGCCAUGCUGAGGGUGGUCCGCAGACAGAGCAGAAGGAAGCGGGGCUUCACAGAGCAUUCUCCCCCCAGGACAGUCCGUGUAAAGCCGUUAGGUCCCCUCGCGCCCCGCGCUCCCCUUCCGCAGCUCCGCCUGCUCCCACCCGCUCUCACUCCGACUCCGAGGCCACUCUGGAGGAGAGAGGAGCGGCGGCCAGACUGAGACCGACAGAAAGCCUGUUUCUGGACGCCCUGUCGCUGGAUCCCCUGAGCGAAGUUGAGGUGCCCCCACCAUCCCGUCUAGAGAGCGAAAAGAAGUUCCCGUGCAUGAAAGAGGCAUUAAAUGAAAUAUCUGAGAGAGUGGAUCCUGCCUUAUACCCUGAGGAAGAAGUGAGUGGUGGAAGCCUCCUCAGAGCCAAGUCAGUGUGCUCCAUGAGUGAUUUCCAGCGUUUGAUGGACAGUUCUCCCUUCCUCCCAGACAAGAGCAAGCACGGUGACUGUGGGCGGGAUGAGGUGACUCCUCCCCUUUCUCCAGAUGACCUGAAGUACAUUGAGGAGUUCAACAGUAAAGGCUGGGAGUUCCCUGGUUCUGCCCUGUCACCCUGCCCCAUUCCAGGCCCAGGCCCUCCUCCAGGGUCAGUACUAGAGGCAUGGACAGAGAGGACAGAGAGCAGGAGAGCAGACUCAGCUUCUGAAUCAUUCCAGCCAACGUCGUGGUUCUUGACCACCAGUGCCACUCUCACCACCAACACCAUGAGCAGCCCUGAACACUGCCAGAAGCUCUCCCUGAGAGGAGCUGGAUCUGGACCUGAGCAUUUUGGCAUCCACGUCCUCCACAGUCCCACUCGAACCCCUGCGGGAGGGGAGGGUUCUUCCUCCUCCAGCACUGUGGAGCAGGAGUUUAUGUUCUCUAAAGUCACCAAAGGAAAGGGAAGUGAGACAGCAGGAGCAGGGGAGGAGGUGUUCGGUGGCAGGUGGCCGUGCGAUCUAAGAGGACACCUUGAGGGAGGUUUGCACCCUGGGGAGAGACCUCUGUGCACCACCGUGGGCUACGCCUCUUCUCUGGAGCUGGAGCUGUCUCGUAACCUUAGCGAUGACAUGAAAGAGGUGGCGUUUUCAGUGCGCAAUGCCAUACGGUCAGGCUCCAGUCCACCGGAACGGCAGCUGCGGGACAUGGCGUGCCAAAC